CCAUCGUUGUUUAUCCACCUCUAACACUGGCCAAAACACAAUUGAAUUGUCAUUUCGUUUUAAAACCGAGUUUGCCGUUUUUAUCCGGAAAAAGAACCAAGAAAUGGAGGAGAGUUGGUGGGUGGCCAAUCUGAAGGCUCUGGAAUCGAAGCCGCAACGCCUCGAGGCGCUGACCAAGAUGAACACGGUGAUCGGCAAGGAGACGGCCCUUCCGCGCCAAAUCAUCGGACGACUGCUGUCCGCGGCGGAAUUGUAUGACUGUGCCAAUCUCGCUGUGGGCUCUCCUGCCCCCAAGGAUCCCGCCGUGGACGUGGCCCUGGAGCUGCUGGGUCACUGCCUCGACCAGCUGCCGCUGGACACCACCGACGAUCAGCUCCCCAGGAUGCUGGGUCCGGGCCUAGCCCACCCGAAUCCUGCCCUGCGUUCUUUGGUGCUGGCCAGUUUGCUCAAAGAGCUGCGCCGCCAGUUGAAUGCCGGUCAGGUGCACACGCUGCCAAACAAUGAGCUGCUAUUUCUCAUUCUGGACGAGCUGAAGCAGCCGGCGACGGAAAGCAGCUCGCUGGCCAUUAAUAUCCUGUCGAUUGUGCUCGUCCAGCGACUCGCCGAUGCCGGCGUGCAGGCCAAGCUGGUGCAGCUCCUGCAGCAGGAUGAGAUCGUGCGUUGUCGCGCCUACGAACUGGGCGUGGCUCUGGCCAAGGGCAGUGCCGCCUCCUUAAGCGCCGUCGAGUUUAUCUUGGAUGCGGCGCUUAGCGAGUUGGACAACGAUGAUGUGCUGCUGCAGGCCAGUGUGAUGGAGAUACUAGUGCCACUGGCGGAACAGAAUCAUGGCCUCUCCUUCAUGGAGCGACGUCGCGUUUUCGAUGUGAUCAGCACUCGGGUGCAGCGCAUCGAAGAGAAUCCCCUGGACGCUCUGCUCAUACCCAGCAUCAUGAAGUUCUUCGGCAAGAUUGCCGCCGUCCAACCGCAAAAGAUCAUCGCCGGCUAUCCGCACAUGCUGGCCUGCUUGUUUCAGCAGCUGCAGUCGGAGGAUGAAACCAUUCUGCCUACAGCCAUGGACACGCUGGCCAAUUUGGCCAGUACUCCGCAGGGAAAGGUACUGUUGCACCUGCACUUUAACACGGCCGUGGAGGAGUCAUUUAAGAUGUACGGCUCUUACACCAAGAAGCUAUCGGCGCCCAUUAAAGAGCGACUCCUGAACUCGCUGGAUGUGAUUUAUGCGGCGGGAGAGACACCGCCUACCAAGGAAAUCAAUACCAUUCUUAAAGCCUGGUACGAGAGCUUCGCUGGGGGCGCACAGGCCAAUGUCAUCAUGGACCUGAUAAACACGCCUUUCCCUGACCUCCAGCUGGCUGCCUUGGCACUCCUCAAGACCAUCUGCAAGUACGCCUGGGGCAUUUUGGCCCUGAAAAACACCGGAGGGGCUGUGGAGUUCCUGCUCUCGCGCCAGAAGGAUCUGCACAAGGACGUCAAGUUUCUCAAGUGGGAGAUCAUGGAGAUGCUGGCCGUAAGCGCCGAGUUUUCAGCCACCGAAACUGUGCGUUUCACGGCGUAUGUGAACGAGGGACCAUAUCACAUUCAGGCGGACGUAAAUAUAGCCACCGAACCGCAGGGCAACGCCUAGAGGGCGGUGUGCCAAGCAUUAACCGCCUCCGAUUUAAAUCAAAUGUACAGCGACGGGUUCAACUAACAUCUGAAUAUGUAUUUAUAGAAUUACAAUAAGAUUUAACUAUUAGAUCACAUGUAACAAUGCCCCGCGGGGCAGGUCGAAUUGAUGGGGAUGCAACAAAUAGUCAGAAUAUUCUUUGGACAGUUGUAAGAGGAUUGCCUUAAAAACGAUUGCUAUAACA